AUGAAAAUCCCUCGCACCCGCAAGUUGCUAUUCCUCUCCGUAUUGAUAUUAACAUCACUUUUCGGUGUGUCCCUUGUGUAUAUUUUCUUCGACGUGGAAGGCAGCGCACUGAAUGUGCAACACAAACCGGGUGUAGAUGUGCAGAACCCCGCAACAGGCGUGAAUCCCGCGAGGUUUGAGCCGCCAAGAAUCAUCUACACACGUUUUCCUCCAAUGGAAAAGCGAAAACGGGAUAAAAACAACCGACCUCUUCGUAUUCUCAUUACAGGUGGUGCGGGAUUUAUUGGUUCACAACUUGGUGUACAUUUCCAUCGUCAAGGUUAUGAAGUAAUUCUUUUAGAUAAUAUGGCGUUUGGAUAUAAGGAUAACUUAAUAGUUAAUGGAAAACGAUUUGGUAUGUUUGUAUUAGCAGAUGUGCUUGAUGAACGUACAUAUAAAUUUUAUGAAGGUGUUGAUACCGUAUUUCAUUUUGCAGCUAUAAGUGCUUUACCAGUGUGUCAGCAAAAUCCUCGAUAUGCAGCGGAUGUAAAUAUUGCUGGAGCUGCAAGUGCUUUGGAAGCCUCUCGAUUGGCUGGUGUGCGUCGUUUUAUUUUCUCCAGUACAUCAGCUGUGUAUGAAAACAAUUCUGAACCUAUUUUAGUGGAAAGUCUCCCAGUCACACCGAAAUUAAUUUAUCCCCUCACAAAAUAUCAAGCAGAGUUAUUAGUAAAAUCCUUUGGUGUAUCGUAUGGGAUGGACUUUGUGAUUAUGCGUUUUUUCAAUGUCUAUGGUCCUCACCAGGAUGUACGUCGUCGUAGUCCACCAUUUACUUCAUACAUUGCAAGAGAGUUGGUGCGUGGACGUCGUCCGGUAUUGCAUGGAACGGGUAAACAACAGCGAGAUUAUGUGUACAUCAUGGAUCUUAUUAAUUUAGCAGAACUUCUCAUGACCGCAGCGAGGGCCAAAUGUGAAAUUGUAAAUGUCGCGUCGGGGAAAUCAUACUCCACAAGAGAGAUGUUUGACAUGGUGGCAGAGAUAACAAACAGGAAAGAUAUAAAACCAUAUUUUCAAAAUGCCAAGUCUUUUUGGAAUGCGUAUUCUCACUUGAGUAAAGGUUCAUAUCCACUAGAUCAAAACCUUAUUGAGGGUGAAGUGGAAAAACGUGUGCUUGGCUCCUAUGAGAAGGCAAAAGAGUUAGUGGGAUGGAAUCCGAGAAUAUCCAUGAAAGAGGGUCUCGAAAAAAUUGUUGAUUACAUAAAAAGUCUCAAUACUGCUGAUCUUGAUACUGAGACAGCGUGGUCACUUCCUAUCAAGGAACCCUGA